AUGAACCGAGUCCCUCAACAGCCGCUGGCAUGUGGCGCCUGGGAGCUGAAGGAGCGUCUGGGCACCGGAGGCUUCGGGAACGUCACAAAAUGGCAGAAUAAGGAGACGGAGGAGCAGAUCGCUAUCAAACAGUGUCGACAGGAACUGAGCGACAAAAACCAAGAACGCUGGUGUCUGGAGAUCGAGAUCAUGAAGAGGUUAGACCAUCCGAAUGUUGUCUCGGCCAGAGAAGUUCCCGAGGGAAUGGAGGAUCUGUUGGUGAUCAAUCAGCUGCCUCUUCUGGCCAUGGAGUUCUGUCAGGGUGGAGACCUCAGAAAGCAUCUCUAUGUUCCGGAGAACUGCUGUGGAAUGAGGGAGGGGGCCGUGCUGAUACUGCUGCAGGACAUCUCCUCCGCUGUGCAGUAUCUCCACCAAAAGAGGAUCAUCCAUCGAGAUUUGAAACCGGAAAACAUAGUGCUGCAGCAGGGAGAGCAACGGUUAAUCCACAAGAUCAUAGACCUCGGAUACGUGAAAGAGCUGGAUGCAAGCAGUUUGUGUUUAUCCUUUGUGGGAACACUUCAAUACUUGGCUCCGGAGCUCAUAGAGAAGCACCGUUACACCUACACCGUGGACUACUGGAGCUUUGGGACUUUAGCCUUCGAGUGCAUCACAGGAUUCCGGCCGUUUUUACCCAACUGGUCCCCUGUUCGCUGGCACAACAAAGUUCGACAGAAGCAAGACGAGGACAUUGUCGUCUACGAGGAUCUUUCUGGAGAGAUUCGCUACAGCAAGAACCUCCCCCAGCCCAACAAUCUCAACAGCUUUUUACUGGAAAAGAUGGAGCGGUGGCUGAAGCAGAUGCUCAAAUGGUCGCCGCACGAGAGAGGGAAGGACAAGAACGCGACUCCCAGCGAUAGUUUCUCUCAACUCGAGCUCCUGCUGAAACUCAAGUUGGUGCACGUCCUCAACAUGACGACCACAAAGACCACAGUUUACUCUGUGUCGGAGGACGAGACCGUGGCUCAGCUCCAGGAGAGGAUUGAGAAAGACUCCAAGAUCCCGGUGGCCAAUCAGGAGCUGCUGCUGGAGGCCGGUCUGGCGCUGGAAGCCCAGGGACUGGCUCUGCAGUGCGCCGUGGACUUCACUAAAAUAGACGGACGACGGACCGACUUACCGAUGGUUUUCCUCUUCGAUCGCUCCUCGUGUCACUAUGAGCCACAGUUCACUCCUCGCCCGCUGCCUGAAAACAUACGCUUUGUUCAAGAACAACCCAGUCACAUCCUGCAGUACUCGGCCCUGAAGGCGACGUGUGGCCAGGCAUGGCACACCAUCCGCAGCCUGAAGGAGGACUGGAAGCGGCUGCAGCAGGGACAGAAGGCAGCUAUCAUGAGUCUCCUGAGACACAACUCGUCCUUAUCCAAACAGAAGAUAGAGAUGGUGUCGAUGCACCAGCGGCUCAUGGCCAAACUGGACUUCUUCUCCACCAGCCUCCAGAUCGACAUGGACAAAUACCAGGAGCAGACGGCCACUGGAAUCGCGUCAGAGAAACUCAUGAGCGUCUGGAGGGAGAUGAAGCAGACGGCCGAGAGCUGCGGUCAGGCCAAAGUGAAUGAACUGGAGGAGGAGAUGAUGCACCUGCAGCCCGACAUCGUGGACGUGCAGCGGCAGCCGUGGAGGAGCGGAGAGGCCCUGGACACGCUAGAGGGGAAAGCCAUGGAGAUGUUCCGCAAGCUCCGAGAAAAGCCCAGAGACCAGCGGAAUCCCGGAGACGGCCGUGAGGUGGUGCGGCUCGUGGUUCAGGCCGUGCAGUUCUUUGAGAAGAAGGUCCGAGACUUCUACACUCAUCUCAGUAAAACAGCGCUGUGUCGACGCGGCGCGAUGCAGCUUCUGCCCAAAGUGGAGGAGGUGGUGCAGAAGAUGGCGGAGAGCGAGCAGGUGCUGAUGGGUCUGCAGGAGAGACGCCAAAGAGAGCUCUGGAACCUGCUCAAAGUGGCCUGUAGUAAAGUCCGCAGUCCUGUGAGCGAGAGUCCAGAAGCUUUACAAGCCUCUGUGCCGCCUUUACUAACUCCAAAACACAGCCUCCAACAGCUGGAUGAGUCUCUCGUGGAGGAGAGCAGGACCUAUGAAUGCCGGCUCCAAAGUCUGCUUCAGGACUCGCUGGAUGAGUCCGCCACCAGCGUGGAGAUGUUACAGAAGUGGAACUGGCUGAACGAACAGAGUUUCUCCAGUGAUCUGACAUGA